UCGCCACGUUGCUGUUCAACCAAUGACGUGGAUUUUCAUUGAGAGGGGCGGUCAGAGCUGCCAAAUAUACAACCUCAACACAGAUUUCCCUGCAGCUGUCGUCAGAUUUAUGCCCCGAACCGCUUCAUUUGGACCACCGUUGUUGAAUUCAGCUGUGUCCCGGCUGCUGUAGCAGACUCCAGGAUGAGUAAACCCAAAGUGUUAAACCUGAAGGAUAAAAUCAGCGGGAACGAGGCGGACCUGAGUCUGUGCAACCUCAGCGAAGUGCCAGCCAGAGAGCUCGCUUCAUUCCCUAAAGCCACAGUUGUGGACCUGUCGUGUAACAACAUCAUCUCCCUUCCUCCAGAGUUCUGCAGCCUCAUCCAUUUGGUGAAGCUUGACCUGAGUAAAAACCAGCUGACCUGCUUGCCAGAUGACCUGGGGAAUCUGGUGAACCUUCAACACCUGGACCUUUACAACAACAAGCUGACGGUGCUGCCUGUCAGCUUCUCCCAGCUCAGGAGUCUAAAGUGGCUCGAUCUGAAGGAUAAUCCUCUGGAGGCCAAUUUGGCCAAAGCUGCAGGAGACUGUCUGGAUGAGAAGCAGUGCAAACAGUGUGCCUCAAAGGUCCUGCAGCACAUGAAAGCCAUACAGGAGGAGUUCGAUCGCGCCCGAGAGAAGCGUCUUCUGAAAGAAAAGGAGCUGGAGAAGAAAAGGGAAGCGAAGCAGAAGGAGCGAGAGGCCCGAGAAAGGGAAGCUCGUAAACGGGAGAAGGCGGAGGAGAAGGAGAAGAGGAGGAAGGAGUACAACGCCCAGAUGGCGGCUUUGGCCGUGCAGGAGCAACAGAAGAAGAAGAAGGAGGAGAAGAAGAAAAAGAACGGACAGGCAGCAGAUAAAAAGGUCGAGGGGAAACUAGCACCUAAACCACAACGUUCUCUCAUUGGCCUGAUCUUUAAGCUCCUCCUCCUGCUGCUGCUGGGAUUGGCCGGCGUCGCCGCCGCCUGCCGGCUGACCGACUUACAGAGGGAAGACGUCUGCGCGCCGAUCAACGCCGCCGUGGACGACUGUUUAUCCUGGGCCAAAGUGCAGGAGGGCGUGGUCAGACAGCUCGUACACAACCUGUCGUCGGCUGCAAGGGACUUCCUCGAGUCCACGCAGACGUCCAAGAACUAGCUGCUCCGGUCAGGGAUGAGCGGCGCGGGCUCCUCCACGCUCUCCUGGUGUCUCUGGGAUGUCAUCCUGUUUCUAAUGCCAGGAUGUUAGAAGACCCCCUCAGAGCCGUGCGUAUAGGGAGAGAUGUCUUAUUCCUAUGGAAUUACUGUCACUCUAGCACCCUCUUAGUACGGCGGCCCAUUUUCUUUCAUCAGUUAAAUAUCUCCCUGCGCACAGCGUUCUGCAUUUGGACCACCAGCAGGCGGCUGCAUUGUCCGAAGAGCGGGCGGCUAAACGUGAAGCGGACCCGUCCGUGCUGCUCUGGGGGUGCGGGGGGGGGGG